AUGGACAGUAGAGGUAUUUUGCGUGUCAGAGGUCGUUUGGAACAAGCAGAAUUAAUAGAUGACGAAAAACAUCCCAUUAUUCUGCCCAAAACGAAGUUCACCGAACUAGUGAUAUUUAGUGAACACAUAAAAGUAUUCCAUUCAGGAGUCAUGGCAACAUUGUCCAAAGUCAGGAAUAAAUUUUGGAUACCUAAAGGAAGACAAGUAGUAAAGAAAGUUAUUAACACUUGCCUGGUGUGUAAAAAGUUCGCAGUGAAGCCCGCCAAACAGUUAACGGGUCAGUUACCCAGAGAUCGUGUAGUCCAAAGUAAUCCUUUCACAGUUGUAGGCAUCGACUUAACGGGAGCAGUUACUAUUAGAGAAAAAGCGGAUAACCACAAAAAGGUGUACAUAGCCCUUAUUUACAUGCGCCGUCACUCGUGCUCAAGAAGAGGGAGCUGCAAAGUGAUUUAUUCAGAUAAUGCCAAAAAUUUCCGCAGCACAUGUGAAAUAAUUAAAGGAUUUAAAAGAAUCAAAGCAGAUCCAAGUGUGAGUGAUUUCUUGACAUCCAAAGAGGUAACAUGGAAAUUCAUACCUGAGCGUUCCCCAUGGUGGGGAGGGUUCUGGGAGCAUUUGAUGAGAAGCAUCAAGGAACCUCUGAAGAAAAUCUUAGGGAGAGCAUUACUGACUUUCGAAGAGCUCUCUACAAUAUUAACUGAACUCGAGUGUGUGCUAAAUAAUAGACCUCUAACAUACGAGAGCAACGAGCUGGGUGAACCUCGCCCGCUCAUACCUUCACAGUUUUUAUUGCCAGGACGUGGUACAUUUAACUUUCCCGAGCAUUUCUUGGAAAAUUUUAACAAGUUAUCCGACAAAGAGACUUUAACCAGGAGGAAGCUUUACCAAUCUAAGCUCUUAAAAUUAACAUGGAUCAAGUGGAAAGAGCAAUAUUUACUCCAUCUUAGAAAUGCGCAUAACUUUGCUAAUCCUAAAACUGAGCGGAACAUUAAGACUGGAGACGUUGUGUUGGUAGAAGGACCAAAACAAUCCAAACUACUUUGGGACAUGGGUGUAAUUGAAAACGUGAUUAUAGGAAGAGAUGGACAUGUUCGAGCGUGCUUUGUUCGCACGCCCAAAGGACAAUUCAGGAGAUCGAUCCAGAUGUUAUAUCCUUUCGAGAUUUAA